AUGACUACGCUGACAUCGCAACAAGCACUGGACAAACUCCUAUCCGGAAAUUCUCGAUUUGUGUCUGGUAAGUUGACUCCACACGACUUUAAAGAACGCCGUGGGGAGCUUGUCAACACACAACAACCAAUCGCUACAGUGAUUUGUUGUUCUGACUCUCGCGCACCACCCGAGUUCAUCUUUGAUUGUACACUUGGUGAGAUCUUUGUGAUUCGCACGGCGGGUGGUGUAAUGGGAACUCGUGAGUUUGGGUCAAUAGAAUAUGCGGUGACACAUUUAAAGACGCCUCUCGUAGUAGUUAUGUCACAUACCAAAUGUGGUGCUUGCACCGCGGCAUGUACUCGUCAAGACGCCGAAAAAUGCACAACAUGUCUUGACAAAUUAGUUGAUGACCUUUCUUCCAUAGCCAAAGAGUGUCACAAAGAGAUCCCAGCGACAUGUAUUAAAAGUGCUUUUGCUCAUGCGGCCUCUGUUGAGAAUGACAAGACAUUGGUUCCGCUUAUUGAAGAAGGCAAGUGUGUAAUAGUCCCAAUGCUGUAUGAUAUUGACACGGGUGUAGCUUCUGUUCUCAAAGAUGGUGGUUUAGGUAAACAUUUACUUCCUGAAGAUUAA